GCGACCGGCAUCGUCGCCGUCUGCGGAGGCCAUGAACGGCGCGGCGAACCCGCUGCUGGACAAGGAGGAGCACCCGCUGCAGCUGGGCGAGAGCUUCGAGCGGCACCCCAAGGCCUCCUUCCACACCAUCCGCUAUGAUUUUAAACCAGCAUCGAUAGACACAUCUUGUGAAGGGGAGCUGCAAGUUGGUAAAGGAGAUGAAGUCACAAUUACAUUACCACAUAUCCCAGGUUCCACUCCUCCAAUGACUCUGUUCAAGGGAAAUAAAAGGCCAUACCAAAAGGACUGUGUGCUUAUUAUCAAUCAUGAUACUGGGGAAUAUGUGCUUGAAAAACUAAGCAGCAGCAUUCAAGUCAAGAAGACAAGAGCUGAAGGCAGCAGUAAAAUCCAGGCCCGAAUAGAACAACAAUCUGCCCGAGCUUCACAACCACCUUCCACCCAAUUCAGGGCUCCUACAAAGCCAGCAGCUGGUCCCAAAACCUCCCCAUUGAAAGACAAUCCUUCACCGGAACCUCAGUUGGAUGAUAUUAAGAGAGAGCUAAGAGCUGAGGUUGAAAUUAUUGAGCAAAUGAGCAGCAGUAGUGGCAGCAGCUCCUCGGAUUCAGAGAGCUCUUCAGGGAGUGAGGAUGAAAGUUCCAGCAGCGGCAAGGAUGAAGCAGCACACCCUUCUCCUUCUCAGCAGUUCCAGAACAGGAAUGCAGUUGUUAACGGUACAGGUACCGGCAGGCCGCAAGGAAGCAAUCAGCUCAUGAAUACCCUUCGAAAUGACUUGCAGUUGAGUGAAUCUGGGAGUGACAGCGAUGAUUAGAAUGAGGUUUCUCCUGUGGUUUCCUGUUGCAAAUAUUCAGUAAGAAUGACAUCAAGUGAAAACUGGUUUGAGACACAGCUGAACAAACAUGCAAUUCUGGAAGGUGCAAAGGCAACAAAUGUUCCUGAAGCAAGGCUUAUAUUGUGUUAAUUUUUUGUGCACAUUGUGUAUGUUGUGUAUAUUCUUCUGAAGUUUUUAAACAGAUGUGAAUAUACUAAUAUAGUAAUCUGCAUUCAUUCUGCGCUGAUGCUCCAUAAAGCUUAAAUAAUAAUUGCGAUGUAAUCCAAUAGAACUCUUGCUUUUAGGAACAGUUUGGUACCCUGGCAUUUUAAAUCAAAAGUUGUCUGUAGCUCAAAUAUAUGCCAGGUUAACCAUUUUGAAAACCAAAUAGGAAAAUGGAGUGCAGAUUUGAAAGGAGGACAUCACACUGAAAUAUACCAUUAUAUUUGGGUUUGUUGAGCUUAAGAUAGAAUUAUGAAUACCUUGGUGUAAAAACUGUCUGCAGCCAAGAAACCUUAGUAAACUGGAAGAGCACCACUUUUUCUUUUUGCCUUCUGAAUUCUUGGUAUGCCCCUAAAUGGCUGGCAGACCUACAUGUGGAUGGGUAGGCACACUGUUUAAUCUUCUCAUAGACUAAUAUAAAUUCAUGAAUUUAUUUAGAAGACUAAGUUAAGGCUUUACGGUUCCUAAAAGCUGAUACAAUAAUGUUUGUUUUUUUAAAAAAAACAACAAACAAGUUUAACUGAGAAGCUAAAAGUUAUAAAAGUUCCGUUUAUAACUUUUGUAGAAGGGAUUCUGAAUAUCCCACAACUGCACUCUCAUGUAAGGGUGCUCAUUUGUCUGCUGCCUAUAUGCAUGGCGCUGUCUCACACCCAUCAGGAUUUCAUAUUGGCCCAACCCCAUGUUAUUUUGUGCUUUAAGUUGCUUUGGACUUAGGUUCACCAUAUCACGAGGGUUUUUUUUUCUUGGCAAAAUUCAUCAAGAGGGGUUUUGCCAUUGCUUUCUUCUGAAGCUGAGUGUUCCCUUACCUAAGGUCAUCCAGUGGGUUUUCAUGGCUGAGCGGGAAUUCAAACCCUGGACUCCAAAGUCAUAGUCAAGUGCUCAAACCACUAUACCACACUAGCUUCCAUCUGAGCACAUGAUGAAUACAUGCUAAUAAAUAUAGAAGGCCCAGAAAUUUAAUUCCUUUGUGAUAGCUUUCUUGGAAAUAUUUCUUAUUUUCCUAACAUAAGUAUGGCAUGGAAAUGUUGAAGCUCUUAACUUCUCAAAUUGAAAAAUAUUUCCCUAUAUGGAAUCCCAAAACAAACACUACCCAGAAUAGACCUUAUUUUUAGUUUUAUCUGCCAAGCUGUGUUGAUCUGUAGUGGGCACAACUUUUCAUGGAUUAAUUAUUUGUUAUAAUCUGCAUCAUGCAUGCAAUGUGCAGGAAGAUUACCUUGACCACAAUACAAUAAUUAAAAUAAAAUGCAGAAAGUGAAUGUAGAAAUCAUAAAUAAGCCAAAAGCCCAUUUAGCAAUGGAGAGAUUAAAAUUCCAAUAAAAUGAAAAAUCAGCAUUCAACUCAUAUCUAAAACUAUGGAGUUGUUCAGGUUUAGUCUAGCUGAUUUUUCAAAAAUGUUUCUCUUCAAUCCAAGUGUCUAAUAACUAUGAGAGUUUACAAUAUUUUAUAGAGCAGGAAGGAAGGAUUUUCUUCUGUAUCAUUACAUCUACACAGUUUAUGUGCUUUAAAGACCUCUUUGAGUUAAGUGUAGUCUAGAUAGUAAAAUGUUAACAUGCAGAUAUGUGUACAUUUUGUGUUCUUAAAUGAAGAAAGAUGAGAAACUCUUAUGCAUUAUAAAAUACAAACUAUUUUUCUAGAUUAAUCUGAUUUAAUUGUUACAUUUGUGUACAAUUUUACAUGUUGUUAAUAGACAAAUGUGUAUAAAAUAAUGUUUUGUGAGACUGAAAUGGGAUGGACUAAUCAGGGAACUUGUGAAGAAAUAUGAAGAAAAUGUAGAUUUUUUGGGAGUCCCAUGGAACCUCAGCUGUAUACUGUCAUUUAUCUCUCAUUCCAUAUUUAAGGAUUAGAGUUUUUAGGCCUGUUUAAUCUGAGAUCUGAUUACUUUGCUUUAAUGAUCUCUUGCUCUAGCAGGCAAAAGAAAACAGAAAAUUCUACUUUUAAUGAAAUAAAGGUGCCUUAGUUGUAUAUGAAUUUAAGCAAAGAUCCAUGUUUUCGUUUGAAGUUCUGUCAUUUUGCACAACUGUUGUACCAAAGUUAUAAUUCCAGUUUCAAAAUACCUGUGGAAAAGACUAGUUGCAUACUUUGGUGGGAAAGUGUAACUGACUGUUACACGGAUGAAGCAGCAAUAUGGCUGUGGCACUUGCGAGAAUGUCUCUUAUGCAUGCUUUUGUGCUACACAAACCUGCCUCUCUGGAAAAGUAAUAGGUGGGGGGCUUAUAUGGAUGUUGUCAUGAUAAUCAGUAGGCUGAUUGAGAAACCCUCAUUACUCACUACUAGCAUUGGGCUGGGGUGGACAGAAUCAAAGGGCUAGAAUUUGGAAAUACUGCUUAUUUUGUAUUAUAGCCCACAGAAUCCUUGGCUUGGGGAUUCUGGAGGUUGUAAUAAAAAAUUAAUUAAAACCUGGUGAGCUUUAAGAAUGAAGUGAGGUAGAGCUUAGCCAACUGUGCUUCUCUUAACUCAUGUAGAAACUGCUGUAGCUAAAAUGAAUAUAAGACAUUCAUAUGAGUGUUUUGCUAUUUUGAAUUUUAGGAUGCUUGGCUCCAAAAUAUUCCAUACCAUAAAGUGAGUUAAACUAUCUAUACCAAAUAUUCUAACAUAACAUAAUGGAAAAAAGAAUCCAGUAAUUUUUUCUAAACGUUGCAUUCUUCUGAAACUUCUUAAGCAUAUAGAUAGGACAGUUCACAAAUUCAGAAUUAGGUCUUGAAUGUACAGUUCAGUAGAAUGUUGUUUUUAAGCAGGUUUCCAAGCCUUGUGGCUAUAAAAGUUAUACAUUGUUUUAGUAGACAUUCUGCAAAGAUGCAGGACGCAUUUUCAGUAGUGAAAGGACAAGGCUUUCAUAUUUGAUAGUGAUUAUUCUUCCCCAUUACUACUUGCAGAGGGAAAAUACUGUAUAGUAAUAUAAUUAAUCACCAGUAUCUUCUAUACAUUAACUUUAUGAGAGCUUAAUUCUAACUGACCCUGUGUGAAUUGUCCUGCAAAUUAAAGAAUUUAGUUUACAUUUUAAUGUUCUAUAUACAUCAACAUGAAGAAACUAUUUGCUCCAAAACUAAUUAAAGAUUGAAGUUGUAUGAAGUUUGUAUGGCAUAUGCCUGUGCAAUGAAGCUUUUGGAUUAGCUUGCUAUAUUGUUCCAAAAUCAUGCUUUGCGUAAUCUCAUACCACUUGAUUUAAAGGCAGUGGUACCAGGCUGGCCAUGUAUAAUGCAGAAUUGAAGCAAUUGAGACCUAUUUCGAGCAUUUUAGAGGUCAAAAAAUACACUAAAGCUUAAUUCAGAUAUACUAUUUUUGUGUAAUAUACUAUUUUGAGAUCGUAAAUAUAUUUGCCUCAUUAGUCUAAGGAUAUAUGUGUGUUUACAUUUAUGUAAAUUGUAUAUACACCUACUUGUACAAUUUGUAGUUUUUUCUUUCUAAGAUUUUAUUUAAAUAAAAAAAUGAACUUCA